AUGAUUGAGAACGUUUUUAACGACGAGUUAAUGUGUGACAUUACACACCGUGGCUACUUGUUUUUCUUUUUCGCCUGGUUCCACGCCAGCUUUGCCUUUCUUUUCCUUUGGGAAAAAUUUGCUUCUUUCUUUGGUUCGGUCUGCGCUUCUGCCCAUAGUGGUCGCCGACCAUUGAGUAAAACACAAUCGGAGGUGAUUGGAGAGCUUUUUGUCCUUUGUGAUGGCAAAAUUACACCAGUCGCCUUGGCAAAAAAAAACUCCUUGCUGUCCUCUUCUUCUUCUGUGGCUUCUUCCGCGGCUGUUGGGCCAUCUUCUUUCGAUGCGCCCUCUUCUUCGAAUGUCCUUUCCUCUUCUGUUUUUGCUUCUCCUUCUGUACUUGCCUGUUCUGCUGCUGCUCCCUCUCCUGCUGCUGCUGAGCCCUCUCCUGAGGCUGUUGCUUUUUCGUCUGUGUUCCUCUCUCCUUUGGCCGUGCCCUCUGUGGAGUCUGAGGCUACUAAGCAGUCUUUCGUCCUUCGGUCAGCACCGGUCUCGUCCCAAAAAAUGGACAGACAGUUCAGCUACGUGGAUUUUGCGCGUGUUGCGGGCUUGCCUUGCCUUAGUGAUGGUAACUUGCCUACCAUCGGGCAACCCAUCCAAAACGUUUCUUCUGGGGUUUCCUUUGGCGUUGGCUGCGAAGCCAUCACCCAAGCCUUUCUUGCGGCUGGUGUUGUUCCUGCUCCCGCUUUUGGUGGAGAUUGUGGUCCUUCCGUGGGUUGUCCUUUGGCCGUUGGUCAAGUCUUUUCUCCCCUCCUUGUUUCUCGGGAUAUGUCUGGCACAUCGGCCAAUGUUGUAUCCGACAUGGAUGUCGAUGACGUUGUUGUUCCUGUUUUGGGGGAUUCUGGUGUUCUGGGUGAGAGUGUAGCUUCUCCCCUGGUUUCUUUGGACCCGUCUGUCGCCUUGGCUCCUGCCACGGAAGAGGUUUGUGGCACCUCUUUGCCUCCUUGCGGUCUGGAAUUGCUUUCUGCUGCUGUGUCUGCCGUCGCUGCGGAAGAUAGUUUGGUUGGUGGUGGCUGUUCCGCCGAGAAGAAUUCUGGUGUGACUGUGGCUUCUGUUGCUUCUGUGCCCCGUCCUGUGGCCACUCCUCGUCGUCUCCGUUCCGGCUCUCGUGCUGAGGUGUCGUCUGCUGUUUGUGCUGACCUUGUUGCAGCUACCGUUGUGGAUGCUCCUCUUGCUCCUCCUGCUUUGUCCUCUUCUUGUGAGAACAAAAAGAAUGGAGGAAAGCGAAGAAAUGACGCUCCUCCUCCUCCUUCGACCGUUCGCGCUUGCUUUGUUCGUCCUUUGGGCGACAGGAAGUUAUCUUUGUCCGGCUCUUCGGAUGUUAGCUCUUUGUCUGUUGCUCCGGUUGCUUCUGUCGGUUCCGUUUCUUCUUUUCCUGUUGUUGCUUCGGUCCCUUCCUUCGCCUCGUUCGGUUCUGUCGCUGCUGUUUCCUCUGCUGUUCCUGUUUCGGCCGUCUCUUCUGUCUCUUCUGUCCCUGUCGUUGAGGGACCGUCUAUCACUGUCUCUCCCGUACGCCCCAUGGCAAAGCCUCGCGUAGCUCAUUUCGAGAAGGCUAGGGAGAGAUUAGCGUUGAAGGCCCUCUUCGAUAGGGCAGAAAAAGAAGAAGAAGAGGAAGAGAAAAAAGAGAAGGAGAAGGAAGAAAAGCGCUCUUCUUUGUUUAGAAGAAAAUAA